GGCGGCAGGCGGGGUGGGGGGACCGGAUGGGCAGGAGGGCGGGGUCUGGAGGAAAGAAAGAAGGAUGGUGAGGCCCCGGAUGCUGAACCUGAUUGGGUCCGUACGUUCUGCGUCCCCUCGCGGGCGAAGGGGAAGAACUGGAGGGGCCCCCGGAUCGGGGCGGAAAGGGGCAUCGGAGCGGAGAGGAAGCGGAGCCUCGCGGGCCGGGCGACCCUGCAGGCGGAGCGGAUGCUGGAGGCUCCCGGCCCGGCCGCGGUGGAAAGUCGGCCUCGGAGGAGUUGUUCAACCCCCAGCCCGCUUCUCGGGUCGUUCUCUGCAGACCCGUCGUCGGCCGGAAAGGUUGCCUGCGCUUCCGAGCUGCGCUGACAUUUAUCAUCUUUGAAAUCCAACAAUAAUGGAGAAGACUCAAGAAAAAGUCCAAAGAAUUCUUCUAGAACCCUACAAGUACUUGCUUCAGUUACCAGAUUAUCAUUGAAGUGACGGAAAUGUUACAUAAUGCCAGUUUGCUCAUCGAUGAUAUCGAAGACAACUCGAAGCUCCGCCGUGGCUUUCCCGUGGCACACAGCAUCUAUGGGAUUCCGUCUGUCAUCAAUUCUGCCAAUUAUGUAUAUUUUCUUGGCCUAGAGAAGGUCUUAACUCUUGAUCACCCCGAUGCAGUUAAGCUUUUUACGCGCCAGCUCUUGGAACUCCAUCAGGGACAAGGCCUGGAUAUUUACUGGCGGGAUAGCUACACCUGUCCCACGGAAGAAGAAUAUAAAGCUAUGGUGCAGCAGAAGACAGGCGGACUGUUUGGAUUAGCCGUGGGUCUCAUGCAGUUGUUCUCUGAUUACAAAGAAGAUUUAAAGUCACUACUUGAUACCCUGGGGCUCUUUUUCCUUAGAGAUGAUUAUGCUAAUCUACACUCCAAAGAAUAUAGUGAAAACAAAAGCUUCUGUGAAGAUCUCACGGAGGGGAAGUUCUCGUUCCCCACUAUUCAUGCCAUUUGGUUGAAGCCUGAAAGCACGCAGGUGCAGAACAUCUUGCGCCAGAGAACCGAAAACGUAGACAUUAAAAAAUACUGUGUACAUUACCUUGAGAACGUGGGUUCUUUUGAAUACACGCGGAAUACUCUGAGAGAGCUGGAAGCUAAAGCCUACAAACAAAUCGAUGCGCUUGGUGGGAACCCUGAACUGGUAGCUCUAAUAACACACUUAAGUCAGAUGUUCAAAGAAGAGAAUUAGUAAUAGUAAGCCAUUCUCGAUUAGGCCUGACAGCUUAUUUGAGUCGGUUAUUUUUUUGUCUUUUAGCCUAUCUUUUUAUAAAUUUGGAGCAAGCUGUUUGUCUCUAAGAACUGAGUGGACGGGGCGGUGCGGGGGAGGUGGUUUCCACGUAGAGCCACUCUGUAAUCAUUGUACGGAACUGAAGGAACCGAGAGGAGUCACAUUGAAAUAGGUGUCAUGUGAAUGUCGCAGUGUGCUGUGUCGGGUCUCUGUGGCCAGCUCGGCCAUGAGUGUUUGAUUGAUUCUGUCAAUAAAGAAUUCGACUUCCUUCUUCUCUGCACUGGGAGCAGCUCUCCUCUUCCCCUGAACAUGGCCGCCUGCGCCAAGUUGGUCUCCACCCCUCCUCCGACAGGAGCACCUCUGGGCUGCUGGGGGGGUCGCUGCGUGCAGUGGUGCUGGGACGACCGGACACACAGAGGUGAGAGCCGCAGCAGCCUGCCAGCCCCACGUCCCCUGACCUCGCUUACUUCCAGCCGCAGCUUCCAAACCAGCACCACCUCAAGGGACAGUGACGCCGCAGCCAGGUUCCUCGGGGCUGGGGCUGGGACUGUGGGAGCCUCCUCCCUGUUAUGCUGGGAACCCUUCUCUGAAGCAACAGCCCUUCAGUGCCAUUCUGGGCUCUGCCCUCUCAGAGGCCAUGGGGCUCGUGCCUGGUGGUGGCCUUGCUCUCCCUCUGCCAUGUGACGUUGCUGUCUCCACCUCAUAUACCUUCUCCCGUGCCUGGUCUGCCCUGUAUGUUCCUUUUCCUCCUCCCCAGGCAACCAGGGGAAAGUGGCUGGCUCAGGGUUUGACAGAGGGAAGACAGUAAUAAGAAGAAAAAAAAAGCUUGUAGGAAUAUUGAUACUUCUAACUAUGCUGUAUGGGCAGUUCCCACUUCAUCUACAUCUCGCUGGCCCAUAGGCUAUGGGAACUCCUCUUCCUAAAUGUUGCUGCUUAGAGUAUCGGUCUCCCCCCGGAAAUUCCCGCCAAAGGCUCUCAUGGGAAGGCUGACGGUGACAACAGCACCAAGAAGUCUCCCCUCAUGCCGGCCCAAGUUGGUUGGUUGGUAAGUAACUGGUGCCCCCAGGCUGAUUAGUAUCUGGGCACAAUGACGUCUGUCCAUUUGGAAAGAAAAAAAGUACAUGGAGAAGUAUUUUAAGAAGGAGCCUUUAAACCUUUGUCUAUUUUCCCAGGGUUAAUAGUAAAAGUCAUAAAAGAGCAGUUUGCUCACAGCAGAAGGAAAUGCCCUUUUCCUUCCACGCACCACCCACUAGAAGGCAGUUGGUGCUUGAAUAGAAAGGGAGCUGUGGGCCUCUAAUCUCUGAUUAAAGGAGAGUGUGAACCUGAGACCUAGUCGCCAUGGCUACCCCAUCAGGCACUAACUAGCCGUCCAGUGCCUUAACGCUGACUCCCUCGUGUGUAAUUCCCAGCCCAAACCCCUGGAGCCAUCUGUGGCCAAGAGGUAGGAAAAGAGACCUCGGUUGCUGUGUUAGACGUUGCUGAAUCCCGAAAUGAAAGUUGUGCUUCUCAGAAACAGUGCGUUUGGCGUGAUUGGUUCUAUAGGAUGUUCUCUCAGAUCUAAUCACCAGCACCUGCACUUGCAUGAGACCUUCUCACCAAAGCGCUCAAACCUUUUCAAUAAGAUGGAGGACACCUCGGUCAGAUUUUCAACAAUAAAGAUAAAUUUCUUUUUUAA